AACUAAUUUACUUCAUUCUUUCAUUUGUAGUGUCCCCAAUAACAAGUGUUCUUUUCAUUUUGUUGGCCUGGGGUUAGCUUCAAUAAUAUUUGAAGUUAAAACCUUUGGUCAACAUUAAUUAGAAAAACAAAAAAAAAGCAAUAAUAUAAUGGCAAGAUCACUUGACAUUAUCCUUUUUUUACUUUGUUUGGCAGUUCUCACUCCUACAUUAAAUGCCAAUCCAUUAGAGAAAAAUGAGUAUUGGGAAGAACAUGUACCUGAGUUUGAUUCAUAUUGGCAAGAAAGAGCUAAAGUUGCUAAAGAAGCCAAUCAAGCUGCUUAUUUUGUUGAUCCUUAUGCAGUUUCUGGCAACUUUACAGCUACUGUUAGCGAAAUCAUAGCUGCAAAGAGUGCUAGAAGGAGCUUGAGGGGAAACAAUAAUGGAACAUGCAUGGCUACAAAUCCCAUUGACAGAUGCUGGAGGUGUGACCCAAAUUGGGCUAACAACCGUCAGAAGCUUGCAGACUGUGUUCAAGGAUUCGGCCGUAACACCCGCGGUGGUAAAGGCGGUCCAUUCUACGUUGUCACCGAUCCUUCCGACAACGAAUUGUUGGACCCAAAACCAGGUACUCUUCGUCACGCCGUUACACGUAACGGUCCUCUUUGGAUCACAUUCGCUCGUAGCAUGGUCAUCACACUCCAACAAGAGCUUAUUAUGUCUAGUGACAAAACCAUUGAUGGUAGAGGUGUUGAAGUUUACAUUGCCAAUGGUGCUGGUAUCACUGUUCAAUUUGUUAAGAAUAUUAUCAUCCAUGGUAUUAAGAUUUACAACAUUAAAGUUAAGGAAGGUGGUAUGAUUAGAGAUUCUGAGUCUCAUUAUGGUUUUAGAACCAAGAGUGAUGGUGAUGGUAUUUCCAUUUUUGGUGCCAGUAAUGUUUGGAUUGAUCAUGUUUCCAUGAGAAAUUGUACUGAUGGUUUGAUUGAUGCUAUCAUGGGUUCAACUGCUAUUACCAUCUCCAACGGUCAUUUCACUGACCAUAACGAGGUGAUGCUUUUCGGUGCUAGUGAUGAUUAUUCAGAUGAUAAGAUCAUGCAAAUCACAUUGGCAUUCAACCACUUUGGAAAGAGAUUAGUCCAAAGAAUGCCUAGGGCUAGAUUUGGUUUUGUCCAUGUUGUUAACAACGAUUACACUCACUGGGAAAUGUACGCCAUGGGAGGUAGCCAGAACCCUACCAUCAUUAGCGAGGGUAACAGGUUUAUUGGACCAGACAACGUAAUGGUUGGCGGAAAUCAAUUGAAUCUUAAAGAGGUGACAAAGAGGGAAUACACAGACGAGAGUGUGUGGAAAAACUGGCAAUGGAGAUCAAUCAAUGAUGAGUUUUUGAAUGGAGCAUACUUUAUUCAAUCUGGACCAGAGCUUAAAAACAGACCAUUUUCAAAGAAAGACAUGAUCACAGCUAAGCCAGGAAGUUAUGUUGGAAGACUUACACGAUAUUCUGGAAACCUACAAUGUCGUGUGGGUAAACCUUGUUAGUGUUUUGGUCAUUUGUAUUCCUGUCACUUCUACUCAUUGCUACAAAUGUGGCAUAUGGCAAAGGAGAUAAAGAGGACCAAUAUGGAGUGUCUUAUAUAUAUAUAGGCAUAGAGUUUGCCUAAUAGUUUUUUUUUCUUGUCUACUUUUCCUUCAAUUUUGUUAAGGAAAAGAUUGUUCCAAGAAAAUCUUUAUUCCAAUGCUACAAAAGUACAAGAAAAGGGGUGUUACAUUACUGCCAAUAAAAUUUAUUCAAUUCUUUUUGUUAUUUU